GGAGCGUCUGCGCCGGAGAGCCAAUAGGGGAGGCGGGAAGCGAUGGGCGUGUUUUGAAGGCGAUACUGGUAGCUGCCUCGCGCCUAGUCUAACGGCCGACCUUGAGCCCCUCCGUGUGCGUGGGGGAUAAGGGAGAAGGGGUUGGUGACACAAGCCCGAACCCCCCCCUCCCCCGCUCUCCGACUCUUACUGUUAGUCACCGCGUUUGCUCCCUGCUGCCGCCCCUCCCCUCGGCCCAGUGCCUGCCCGCCUGCCUUUCCCCUCCCCUUGGCCCGGUGCCUGCCCUCCUCCCGGCCAGUGUGUCCCGCUGGCCGCCCCGGAGCCCGGUGUAUGUGCGGCAAUAACAUGUCCGCGCCGCUCCCCGCCAUCGUCCCGGCCGCCAGGAAGGCCACGGCCGCGGUCAUAUUUCUUCAUGGAUUGGGAGAUACUGGACAUGGCUGGGCAGAAGCAUUUGCAGGUAUCAGAAGUCCACAUGUAAAAUAUAUUUGCCCACAUGCGCCAGUUAUGCCAGUUUCUCUGAACAUGAAUAUGGCAAUGCCAUCUUGGUUUGAUAUUAUUGGACUCUCCCCAGAUGCACAGGAAGAUGAAGCUGGGAUCAAGCAGGCGGCAGAGCGUGUUAAAGUACUGAUAGAUCAGGAAGUGAAGAAUGGAAUUCCUUCUAACAGAAUAAUUUUGGGAGGCUUUUCUCAGGGAGGUGCUUUGUCAUUGUAUACAGCUCUUUCAACACAUCAGAAAUUAGCAGGAGUCAUAGCACUCAGUUGUUGGCUUCCACUACGAACCUCUUUUCCACAGGGUGCUAUCAGUGGUGUAAACAAAGAUAUUCCUAUUCUUCAGUGCCAUGGGGACUGUGACCCUUUGGUUCCUCCGAUGUUUGGUUCCCUCACUUUUGAGAAGCUAAAGAGUCUGAUAAAUCCAGUCAAUAUAACCUUCAAGACUUACUCGGGCAUGAUGCAUAGCUCAUGUAUUGAGGAGAUGAUGGAUGUAAAGCAGUUCGUUGACAAACACCUGCCACCAGUUGAUUGACAAGAUUUGAGUUGCCUUUUGUAUAAAAACACCAGCCUCAACUUUGGUAGAAUGUGUUAAUCUUUUCACAAGCUCAGUUCAAAAGCAUUAUUUCUACACCUUCUGUGUUGCAAAUGUAUACCAAGAACACGGACUAAGUAGUAUAUUUCACAAGAAAUGGUAAUCUUUCAAGUAAAUCAUACGCUGGUGGGAUUAUAGGGAAUGAGACAGCUAGAUAGCGUGUCAGAAUGUAUCUGAGAAUACAAUUUUAAGAUGUUUCUGAUUUUUUGAUUGCACCAUUUUUAAAGCAGUCAGGUGGCUAAUUAAACUCAUUUUGGUUAAAUGAGCUAUUUAAACAUGACCAGCUUGUAUGCUUGGGAUAUGAUGUAUUCCUAAUACUUGUUGAAAGUAUGUUAAGAUACCCUGAUAUAUAGCUUGUACAUAAAAUGUGCAACAUGUAAAACAUAAGAGGCAUGUGAUGGUAGAAUGAAUAUUAGUGAGGAUAAAGCUUUAAAUGGUAAUGGUUUAAACAUUGCUACUGCAUGUGAAGAGGUUUGUUCUCUUACCUACAAAUGAAUACAUACCAAUGACUCUAGGUAUAGCAUUUAUUCCAGUCCAGUUUUUAACCUUAAAAAUAGUGUCUGAUGUCAGAAAAGAAAACACUUGCUAUCUCAUACACCCUGUACCCCCCAAAAUGGGUUGACAUCACAGAAACUAAGGGGACUCAGCUGUUUGUCACUAGACCUGUGUUUACCACUCAUUACAAUUUGGUGAUAGCUCACGUUUAUUAGUGUAAAUUGAUCUCUGAUGCUGACUCAUGAAACUGAGGUUUAAAAAAAAAUACAUGAAACCUUUCCAUUGUAAGAUUCUUGUUUUCAUAUUGCAUGUUUUUCCCACACUGGAACCCUCAUGGGUUUUGUCUUAUGUAGCUUACUGAAUUUUUUUAGAAAUAUUGACAAUGUAUUUUACAAGAGCAAUUCAAGUGUCUUGUUUUAUUGUUCUGCUUUGCUCCAGAAUAAUCAACUGGAAAAGCAAUGCAGAUGUUGCACACAAAUUAUGGGUAUUGUUGAACAGACUCCUCUACAACAUUGGUAUUUAACUACUUUUUAUUUCCUAAGUGCUGCAGUAUGAAUGUAAUAUGGAAUUGUAAUAACUUAGUCAUUAUAGCGAGAAACUGCCAACUGUUUUUUCUUUACUUUGAUUGCAAGUUCAUCAUGGGACGUCAGCUUUUGUCUAAAAAGAAAAUAUGACAUGUAUGACUUUCCACACGUAGGUGUGUUCCAUUUUCAUCCAGUGCCCUAGAAUAUUCUAGGAAUAUGAAAAUGGGUCCUGUCAAACCUUUGAAACAGAAGGAAUUCUAUAUCUCAUGGAAGUUACAAUUUUGGGAAUUCGUGGUAUAAUAGAAACUGAUGAUAGAAGUUCAACAAUAGAUUAACUGUGUUGAAAUAGUGUCCUGCUAAUGGAAAACUAGAGAUGAAAGAUUUGUUUAGCAGAAAGAUUAAAUGGAUGAUCGAUAUAGGAUUCCUUCCUAGCUUACUUUAUAGUAUUUCGUUCAAUCAAGUUUUAAGUGUCUGAUGUUGCAGGGUACCUAAUACAUCUUAUUUUGGGAAAUUAUUUCCAGAUAGCCUGAAUCUUUUGUUUUAAUUUCAUCCCAUUACCCCAAUAACUACAUACAUCUCAUCUUAUCAAACUAAAUAGGAUAUUUCUCCAUUUGAUGUUUGCACACUUCAGCUAUUUGGAGACUCUCGUGCUCCCUUCUUUGCCAAUAUAUACAUAUUUUAACUUUAAUGCUUACUCCUAAUUCUCACACACCCUGCUUCUGACUGCUGUUCUCUAGACAUCCUCCAAUUCAUCUUUCUGGUAGUGUGGUGCCCAGAAGAGUACAAUAUUCCCGUCUUGGUCACCCCAAAAUUGUACUGAGAAGUAUUAUACUUCCUAGCUCAGAAACAUGAUCCCAAAACUGCAUUGGAUCCUUUUACAAUAAUUUCACGUUGCAAACUCAUAUUUAGCUUGCUUAUCACUAUAAUCCCUAAUUCUUCCAUUAUUACUGCUUCUGGCUCUUUCUCUGUCAUGUGUGUUGAAGGAUUUCUUCUCAGUAUAAACUUCUCUUCCAAAAUUCUGUGCACGUUUCUAAUCUCCAAGUCCUUUCCUGUUAUUUCCUGUACUGCUUGCAGUGCCUUCAGUUUAGUAUUAGUUAACUUCAUUAACAAAGAAAUUAAAAUUAGACUAGUUUUAGCUCUGUUACCUGUUGUAUCCCACAGUGUUUUCCCCAACUUUAUACAUUACAGUCCACUGUUAACUUUUGUUUACAAUGUAUAGCCAGUCUGUUGUCCUCAAGUGUUCCUGUACAAGUCAGCUUGAAUUAAUUUUCCAUUAAAACACACUGUCACUAUCAAAUGCUCUACUAAAAAUGAAUACUAAUACUGGAUCUACUGCAUUGUGUGCUAAUUUUGUCCAAAUAUCCAGUCAUAUCUAACAAGAUUUAUCUUUAUACAGUAAUGCUAUGCUGCUGCUUCUUACCCUUUAGGGCAGUGGUCACCAACCCGUAGAUCACUAUUAAAUGGUCGAUCUUGGAAACUCUCCCAGUCGAUGGUGAUCUCUGGCUGCUAAAAGUCCGGUGGUACAGCGGGGCUGCUGCUAAGGCAGAUUCCUUGCCUGCCCCGGCUCCACGCCGCUCCCGGAAGCAGCCAGCAUGCCCCUGUGGCUGGGCGGAGGACAGAGGUCUCCAUGCGCUACUCUUGCCUGCAAGCACUGCCCCCACAGCUCCUAUUGUCUGGGAUCGGGGAACUGCGGCCAAUGGGAGCUGCAGGGGUGGUGCCUGCAGAGAGGGCAGUGCUUGGAGCCAUGUGCCCCCCAGCCCCACGCUCCCUUAGCCCUGCUGCACCACCGACUGGGAGCCGCCCAAGGUAAGUGCCGCCCAGGGGGAGCCCGCAACCCAGCCCUAAGUGCACUCCCGGAGUCAGCACUCCAUACUCCCUCCUCCACCCCAAGCUUUUGCCACACACCUGAGCCCCCUCCCAAAGCCAGCACCCCAUACCCUCUCCUGCAUUCCUCACCCCCCUCUUGCACCCUUGGCCCAGCUCAGACUGGAGCCCCCUCCUGCAUUCUGAAUCCCUCAGGCCCAGCCCAGAGCCGCACCCCCUCCCAAACCCCAACCCUCUGCUCCAACCUAGUGAAAAUGAGUGAGGGUGUGGGAGAGCGAGUGAUGGAGCGAGUGGGGGAAGGGGCAGGGUAGAUCCUGGAUUGCACUUGAAUUCAAAAGGGAUCUUGAGCAUAAAAAUGUUGGAGACCACUGCUUCAGGGGCUAGAUUCACCAAAUCUGGUGCAAAGAAAUGUAAACUACUACAUCUUGCAUCAGUCUGGCUCAUUGUGCUCCAGGAAGAGAUCUUUCCACCAAGGAGGACUGCUGUGUAGCAAUGACAGGUUUCAGAGUAGCAACCGUGUUAGUCUGUAUUUGCAAAAAGAAAAAGAGUACUUGUGGCACUUUAGAGACUAACAAAUUUAUUAGAGCAUAAGCUUUCGUGAGCUACAGCCCAAUGAAGUGAGCUGUAGCUCACAAAAGCUUAUGCUCAAAUAAAUUUGUUAGUCUCUAAGGUGCCACAAGUACUCCUUUUCUUUUUGUGUAGCAAUGGGGAUCAAUAGGAGCUUGAUGCUUGAAAUUACUUCAAGGAUACCUUUGUAUCAACACCUCUCCCUAGUUAGUGCAACAUGCUUCUUGGGCUGUGCUGGACCUUUGUACCCUUUCAGAUUGAAGGGAGGUUGUGUGGAUGCUUUUGCAGGAGGAGCCUCUUCACUGACAGACAUGGCUACUGAGAAUUCCUGCCAGGAUUAGCAUAUGUGCUAGGUUGAAUAUGAUCCCAGACAAGGGAUUUUUUUUCUCAAUAUUUGUUCCAUUAUUUUACUAGGGGAUAAAAAUUAGACCUUAUGGGAUAGUAAAUACCAAGAUUGCACAUUUGAUAUCAGUACUGCAUGUUCCUAGAAUUCAUUUUGUGUACUUAGAUUUUAUUCUUCUCACCCAGACAGAGGAAAGACAUGUACAAACACUGUUAAGCUACUGAAAACAUUUUGUUUUUUCUUGUCUGCAUUUUACCCCCCAAGAAAUAGAGACCUACAUUUUUGCUGUGAUGUUAGUUAUGUAGUUUCCGAACACUAAUUAAUUUCAAACACGUCUAAUUUUUUGUUUAAACCAAACAAUGUGACUGGUAUUAAAUGUUUUGUUCAGUCGGAAGCUUUGGACCUGCUAUUUGAAUACAUUCAGUUUGUUCAUAAACACAAAUUGGGUUGUGCAUUUUUGGACAAAUCCUACAUCCAUUACUGAGGCAAAACUAUUGAUGUGACUGGGAACAUUGUCAUAAUGAGGGCUGGAAGAUUUGGUCUUUACCUCUUACCUUGUAAGUAUUAUAUAAUUGCAUACAGUGGGUUGCUGAAAAAUACUAUAUGCUAGUUACAGUAUAUUAGAGUUGUUAAAUGUAUUCUCUCUGAAGUGUAUUGCACUUCAUAAAACUGUGUUAAAAUGCAUCUUUUAUAUAUAGGCACUACUUGACACAUAAUGGAUAUAAUUUUAAGAAUGUACUGUAUAGGAUGUUGAUAAUGAAGCCAUAUGUUUAAGGCUUGGGUAUCUUAAAUUUUAUAAACAAUCAUUUUAAUGCUUCACUUUCCUUUAUGUUGAAGAAUAUAAGCAGAUGUUAUUUAACAUAAAAAAAUCAAGAUGAUGUUACUUACCUAGUUUACUCAUUUAUUUAUGGUAAAUCUUGAGCUUUGUUGAAAUGAUUUCUAUAGUGGGAAAGUGUAAAAAUCUUUGUUUCUAUAAUUGUGAAAUAAACGUCAAACAAUCAGUGUUUGGACAAAGUA